UAAGACACCACCAACACAUUAACACAACUUCUAGCUAAUUUAAAAGAAAAAAACUCUCUCUUCUCUUUUUAGUGUCUCUCCUUGUUCUUGUUUUUGUCACAAAUUCAAGAACAAGACUAAUUAAAUAAUAAUGGGUGGAAACAAAAGAUCUCACAGUAGCAAGAGGUUCUCUCUAUUCAGCUUCUUCAAAACACGAAGAUCUCACAGAGUGGAAGUAGACGGCUCAUGGGACGACGUCGGUUACACUCGCAAGGCAAUGGCUAGUGAUGAGGACAAACGUUAUUGGGUCGCUGAACCAGGCAUCGACCGUAAAGCUUCUGCCUUCAUCGCCAAGUUUCAUGCGACUCGUGUCUCUGAGUCUGAGCGUCAGACUCUCUCUCCUUACCGAUCCGACAAGGCAUGAUGAAUAUGAUGAUCAAGAACUGAUUUGAUUCUAUGUAAAUUGUCUUCUCUUUUUCUAUGUCCUUGUGAUAAUUCAUUGAUUGUGUCCCAAUGUAGUUAAUAAUCAAUCUUUCUCCAC